AUGAGCACUAACUCUGGCAAUAAAAAAAUUGGCAUUUUGGCUGCAGCGCGUCGUUUUGGUGUUGAUAAGUCAAUGGUAUCACGGUGGAUGCCUAAUGAGGAAAAGUUUAAUAACGCGGUAUCAAAAAAUCGACGUGUUGGUGCAGGAAGGAUUGCUGUUUAUCCAGUAGCUGAAGAGGAACUUGUUAAUUGGAUCCGCGAGCUUCGACUUGUUGGAAUUGCGAAUAGAAGAAAUUGA